UGCAUCAUCACGAUGGCAUCGUCUUCGUUACUUGAAGAAUGAACGUUACUAGACAUGAUGUGGCUGAACUCAAUUCAAAUCUAAAAAUGUCUUGAUUUGACCGCUUCUGAAAAUUUUCACGAAUUGUCGAUGUGACGCACCAAUCAGUUUGCGACAGUUUGACCUUCAAGUGCUCGCAACUCCCAUCAGUGGACGAUACCCUAGGAACGUUGCCUACGUGCUACACACCUGAAGUCGCUCUGUGCUUGUGGUUGCUUAACAAAUUAAGACGCUCAUAGCCUAUCAGAGGUAUGUUUUCAUAUUUUACCAAUAACCAUAUUCACUAAGUCAAGCCUUCCCAACCAAGUUAUCCAACUUUGUUACGCAGAUAAGGGACAGGAAAACCAUCGUUUUCAGACCCAUAACUGUUUAUGUCAGCUAAAACAAUCCUGCUGUAGUUAUCUGUAAUACGAAUAGCGCGAUGAAUAGACUCCAACGAUUUUUGGAUGAAAAUGUAGAAGCUAUAAGAUUAUUACCUACAACGUUCUUCGUAAUUGGAGUAUAUCUUCUCGGGAGGCAUUUUUAUAUCGUAAAUAAAGCUGGUUCAUGCGUAUAUUCAUUCAGUUUACUAAGUUUAACUCCAUCCACUCGAUUCCAUUUGUUGUAUACAGUCGCCAGAUACAUCUAAAAGGUUUAGUUAAAUCUAUAAGUCCUACAGGUGAAUUGGAGAUCUUACAUGUGCCUAAGGUUAAACUGCCUUUCCGAGUCCCUUAUGGUAAUGCCAUAAAGAUUUCUAUUCCUGUGCAGCAUUCCGGUCAAAGUAUACAAUGGUUGAAGCAAAAUAUACACCCAGGUGAACGUGUCGUUUUCAUCCCUGUAAAACCAAUUUUCGAGAAUGCAGAACUACUGGCUAUAAUAUACAAACGAGUAACUUACUAUUUUUGUUUUAGUGGCAGUGGUAUUUUUUAAAAAAAGAUAUAUCUUACCACCUAUUAGUCAAUGGAAUAACCAACCACAAAAGCUUCAAUGAUUUACCAGAUAACUUUCGCAAUAAGUACUCCUCGGCUAUAUCGAAAGCAAUUCGAAUGAAACGGGGUAUUUGGCAAGAAGACUAUAAUGUGUGGAAAUCUUGUAAAUUAUUUUUCCAAAAGAUAAAACAUCUCGUAAACUUGUAAAACUGACGAUUUAAUCUUGUUAAUAUACAGUUUCUAUUUUA